AUGGUGGUCACUCGAUUCCUACCGCAGCACCAUGACUUCUCGGGGUAUGUCUUAAUUUGUACUCGCAACGCUCGUGAAGUGGUGAACUGGACAAUGACUCAAGCUCAAGAAACAAGCAACGACUACAAAGUUUUUGGACCACUGAGGCGUGCAAUGCAAUGUAAAUUACCUGUACCGAAACCAUCAAAACAGUGCGAGCGUGGAAAUUCUGUCAUAUAUGGAAGGGCUUCAUUUCAGAUCAAAUUUGUCGCUUCUUUUCUAGCGUCGCUGGCAUUUGCAUGCGUAGCAAAAGCUGGUACGCCUCCAGUAAGUGAAUUGCAUACCUUCGAUAGUGAUACAUCUUCAUGCUUUUUUAAAGGAUUACUCUCCGCGUACCAACAAAUUUAUAAUAUAAACGACAAAAUAUGUUUAUCGUUCUAUGGAAGGUUAGAAGUUGAUCAUGAUAUGUCGACGGUUGAGCUGGAGCAGAUCAGCGUUGUCGAAGGAUGCAUCAUUGUAUCCGGAACUUAUGUUCAAACAGCAGAAAUUCAACAAAUUAAAGAGUUACAUCCAAACUUAGAGUUUUGCGAAUAUACGCACGCUUUAUUAAUUUAUAACAACUCCGAUCUAAAGAACAUAGAAUUUAGUUCGGAUCUCCAAGCUAAGCCUGGAGAUGUAUUCAUUCGAGUAAAUCCAUCUCUAACAGCUGAAGAAGUGAAAGGAGCAUCUUUUGAUGUUGAUAUCGGCAACGAAGGAGAUUGCACUAUCAACAAAGCGGAGAAAAAUAGUAGCUGUCGUCGGAUAAUCGACGACGUGAAAUUUGAGCAGCUAUCCGCUGAUGUUUGGAAGAGGAUUAAGGAAAUAGAAGGGACUCUUCGAAUUGAGAACACUGACGCUGAGAAUUUGGAUCCUUUAACUGAUUUGAAAAUUUCUGGAUGGAAGAUGCCAGCCUUCGUUAUUGCACAAAAUGAGAAACUAAUUGACAUAAGCGCAUUAUUGACGAUACAAAUUGCUCCAAAUGAAAGCUUUUUUCAAAUUACCGAUAACCCUAAUAUUUGUCAUAACGUUGCGGAGAAGAAAAAACUAGAGGAAUGGUUGUCGAACAAAGGAGCAUCGGUUGAGUUCAAAGAUGACUGUUUGAAAUCAUGCCCUGGAGGAACUAUUUCGAAUGAAUACCUUGAAAAUCUUGACAAACGUUGCAAUACUAUUGAAGGAGAGCUGGUUUUUGAUGGACUUAAAGAAUUACCUGAUAAUAUGGAAAAACUAGAGCAAGUUGAAAAACUUGAUGGACGACUAAUAGUGAGAAAUAACACAGCACUGCAAAAUUUGUCAUGUUUGCAGAAUCUUAGAGUAAUCAAUAAUACCGAUCCAAACGAAUUCGCUCUCGUAAUCGAGAACAACGAAAAUUUCAAAUUUACCGGUUUAAAGUCGUUGAAAAAAAUCAUUGGAAAAAAAACUGACGAUUUCCAUGUACUUCAUAUGAAGAAGAACGUGAAACAGGCCCUAAAAAAUGUACAAGACAGACUUAAAGAGUUAAAACGACGACAAGACUUAUACAAAUCCAGAGGUGAUGAGAUUUAUGAAGGUCUUCAAUGGUUAGCACUGAUUAUCCUAGCUUCAUUCUGGAUCUUAGCAAUAAUUGGAAUUAUUAGUGGUAUAUUGAUUGCUAAAAAAUUGAAAAAGAAGGAAGCUGGACCGGAACAUGGAGAGAAAGGAAAACAAGAAAAGAAGUAA